GGGUUGUACACGUCAGCAGUCAAUAAGUUGUAGUCUUAGAUGUAUCAUAGUCCCAUCAGCCUCUUCCUGGUAUGAGCCUGUUGACACAGUGCACCUAGUUUGGGUGGUAAAGACAAGCGGCUGGAGCGAGUAUUUGGCAAACUGCACGGCUUUCAUGUGGACAGACAGUCCAACGAGAGGAGAAGCAGCCAUCAAGAAACGUUUGACACUUGGUUUAGGACACGCGUCACGCGACAUUGGACUAUUAAGAACAAGAGUUGGAGUUGCACUGCACGGGGAAGCAGUGUUGCAAACGAGUUUACAAUGAAGGCUCGUGCGAUAUGGUGAAUGAAAGCCGUCGCUGUUGUUUGCCAAGGUCUGUUUUUAAUUUGAGAAAAUGAGGUUUCGGCUGCUCAAAAGGAAUCUGCUCGCGCUGCUGGGUGUUUCCUUCGUGCUCGUGACGCUCCUGUCUUUAACACGUGUGUUGUUAGUGUCCGAUAAUGACACAGCUGGACUUAAAAAUGACGUUCAGGUAAAUCAGGGCAUGCAAGUUUUUGACACGGUGAAGUUUAACUUUAAUUCGCUUCCAGAAUUGACUCAGUCCGUUUACAGUGCCAAUUACAAGCAGUUUGUUCACAAUGCGGACAGGUUUCCAGGGGAGCCUCAGCUGGUGCUGGUUGUGCAGGUCCAUAACAGGCCUGAAUACCUCAGACUGCUCAUCAAGUCACUGGAGAAAGCUGCUGAGGUCCACAGCUUCCUCCUCAUUUUUAGCCAUGACUACUUUUCAGAGGAAAUCAACGCCAUUGUGCAAGGGAUAACUUUCUGCAAAGUACUGCAAAUUUAUUUCCCUUUCAGCACCCAGCUGUAUCCCAAUGAGUUUCCUGGGAAGGAUCCACGAGACUGCCCCCGAGACAUAUCCAAGGACAACGCUCUGAAAACAGGAUGUAUUAACGCAGAACACCCUGACUCCUAUGGACACUACAGAGAGGCCUUCAUCACUCAAACCAAACACCACUGGUGGUGGAAGCUGCACUUUGUGUGGGAGCGAGUGCAGGCGAUGCAGGGCUACAGUGGCUUUGUGGUCUUUCUGGAGGAGGACAAUUACAUCUUACCUGACUUUUUCCAUUUUUAUAAAUUAAUGAUAGAGUUCAGGAAAAGCAGCUGCCCAGAUUGUGACAUGCUGGCUUUGGGUAACCACAAUGACCUGACUGAUUUUACCAGACUGUCCAAUAAGGUGUUGACCACUGGUUGGUUGUCCACCAAACACAACAUAGGCAUGGCUAUCUCCAGGGAGAUGUACUACAAGCUAAUGGGCUGUAACAAUGAGUUUUGCACCUACGAUGACUACAACUGGGACUGGACUCUGCAGCACCUCUCAGGAACCUGCAUAUCGAAGCCUGUCAAAGUGCUUGUGGCACAGGGCUCCAGGGUCCUCCACACAGGAGACUGUGGCCUUCACCAGAAGGAGAACUGCAGGCCAGAGUGGGCCUCACAGAAGGUUGAGGAGAGCCUUAAAACAGGCAAGGACAGCCUCUUCCCUCCUUCUCUUGUCCUUAGUGGUGCAGAAGCAGUGGAGCACAAGGCGCACAUGAAGAACGGAGGAUGGGGAGAUGUUCGAGACCAUUUUCUAUGCAAUAACUACGCCACACGCCUUUGAACUAUAUCUUUUCUCCAAGUAAUAUGGGGAAAAAAUGUUAAUUGCUGUUCUGCAGAUGUGCCAUUCAUAUGUAACUUUUCAGGGUUUCGGAGUCUGCAGUUUUCAUUUGGAGUGUACUAAUUUUCUCUCCUAGCAAGGUCUUCCAUGAAAAAGGACCAAUUCAAGUCCAAGAAUGCUGCAUGUACACAGCUAAACUUGUCUUUUGUUUUUAAUCACCAAAGCUGCACAAUUGCCAAAGACUUUCUUGAUAUUUGUGUGUAUAAUGCAAGCUGUUCAAUAUCCUGCAUCCAGGUCUUUCAAGCCAAAACAUUAGAUUAGAUUUAUUGCACAGUGAUGGGAAGUAUGUCAUAGUGUGCAUAGACACACACUUAUUUGCAAUUUUAUUUGCAAAUAUAUUUCUUUGACUGAGAACAUUGCACAGGAUGUUGUUUUAGUCACAAAGUUCAAUGUGCUGGUGUGUUGUGAAUGUCUUGCAUUGCUUUUGUGAACCAUUCAGCUGUGAUGCUUUUUACAUGUGCUUUUUAUGGUACGAUUUUAAGUGCAACAACAAAAAGGCUCAUGUAAUGUACAGACUUACAAGUUCAAUCAAAAUGUGCAUGACAAUCUUAAAUAUAACAGGAAAGUAGUUUAUUUAGAAACUGUUUCUUUGAAGUUGACUGUUUUGAAUGGAUAGUUUUAAUUUUUGGAAGUGGGGUUGUAUGACGUACUUAUCCAUUGUCAAUUUCUUACCUAUAGUAGAAGGUGAUCAGCAUGUGGAAUGGAAUGGGAUGGAAGUUUAGCAAUGCACUGCUGUUGAUGGGGGGCCAGCAAUAAAAUGUAUUUUAGCCACCUAAAAGAAGUCCCACUUUAAAAAAUUCUGAGAGUAUUUGAUGGGGGAAGGGGGAAGGGGGAAGUGAUGCUUCCAUAUCGCUCUUUCCAAAGCCAGACUCCACUGGAAAAAACACAGUGUUUAAACAUCGCUGAGCGCAGGAGCUACUGGUCUACCGCUGCUUCGAUCAGUUUCUGUGUUUGUGUUAUUGUGUAACUUUGGUGUUUAAAAGGGUUAGUUUGGAUUCACCAAAGUCACACAAUACUACAAACUAACAGUAGACCAGCACCUCCAGUGCUCAGCAAGCGAAAAUGACUGUUUUUGUCAAUGGAGUCUGGUGGCUUUGACGAGAGCGUAAACGUGGAACUGAAGCCAUUGACGGAUUCCCUGUUGUUACGGGCUCUCUGACAGAAAGGUAAAGCAGUGAAAAUACUCUCAAUAUAACGUACACUUUUUUUUUUAGGUGGGACUUUAUUUGGAGGCUAAAAUACAUUUUGCUGUUGCCCCCAGUCCACAGCAGUACAUUGCUUAGCUUACAUUUUGGCACUCCAGCUGUUUUGGCAAACUGGGGGCAUACUGACAAACAUCUUUUAAAAAUGCAAACUAUCCCUAUGGAAGUGGGUUUGAAAGAGGUACUUACCCAAAGUUUUUCAUUACCUGAUACUGAUUUUUUGUCUAGGUGGCUGAAAUACAUUUUGCUGUUGCCUCGUCCACAGCAGUACAUUGCUUAGAUCAUAGCAAUACUCCUGUCUGCUUCCUCAAACCAGGGGCGUGCUGACCGACAUCUACUGUGUAUAUUGAUGAGUACCUCUUGCAACCCCACUUCAAAAAAAUCCAAACUAUCCUUGUUAAUGUCAGAAUAAUUUCAAGCACAACAUGGAAUUUGUGUUACCACAUGUAACCUUCACUUUCUUACUGUUAGAACCAGGGAUAUUUUCUUUAGAGGUGAGGUCAGCUGACAUCACUUCAGUCAGUUUCCUACUCCCCACUCUAUUGACCCCUGGUUGCAACAAGAGGACUGGCUUGAUAUUGAUUUUUUCCUCUUUUGGUUGUGACUCUAUAUUUGCGUUCUGAUUGGCCUUUUGACCUUUUGGAGUCUUGUCCAAGAUCUUUUGUUGUGCAAACACCAGGGUUGUCUGUGACUCUGGGUUAGGGUUGAGAUGGGAUUUUAUAUAAAAGUGUUGCGGUUCCUUUUCUGACAUUUAUUCAAUAGUUGGUGAAACUUUUUAUUUGUGUCCCAUUAUGGCUGAAGUUGCCUUAUUGCAGUGGGAAACAUGGAGAGUUAACGCAAGCAUAUUGAUGCUAUUAUUGCCUUAAAACUGACCAAAAGUGCCUUUCGAUCAUUGCCCUGUGCCUAAACUUGUUUUAAAUGAGACUUUUAAAGGUGCACUGAUAACAUUGUUUUUGCCCAAAUGCUACUUAUUAGUACUUAAUUCCUUUGUCAGUGCUUGUAGUUCACCUGAGGUAUAUUUUUGCAGCGUCUUUCUUUAUUGAAUGUGAAUGUUAAUUUCACAGAACUAUUCUUUAUACAUCAGAUAAAAUAAUUGCAUCUCUUUGGUGUCCUGCUGAUAAUGGGUGACAGCAGCUUCACAUAAGUUGUUUAAUCUGAUAUUGGUACACC